UCAGGCUUGCUGUUUUGGCCUUUUCUCUUGGCUGCAUUCUCAUGUCACUGUCCCGGCAAAUCGUAUCGAUCUUGUAGUCUUCUCCAGUUGCAGAUCCAAGGAGGGGAGGAUAGGACGGCAACUAGGCAAGCAUACUCAAGAACUUGCAGCAUCAACAACACCGAGAACGGCUGAGCAGAGAUGCUUCCUUCGACGGCUCGCCCUGCAGGUGCCGCGGCCUACACGCAGCCGCAGCUGAGGCAGAUGAGGGCGCAGUGCAUCGUCUUCCUCGCCUUCAAGAACCAGAUGGAGCCCAGGAAGCGGCACCUCGACAUCGCGCUCGGUGAGGAUGACAUCGACGGGGCCGGCUGCCACGGCGAGACGACGACGAGCUCGCCUUCUCAAGCCUCGUCGUCCUCUGCUGCACCGUUGCCGCUGCCCCACCUCCUGCCCAUCUCCUCGCUGCGGCUGUCUCCGCCGGUGACGGAGCAGGAGCAGGAGAAUCGCCACCGCAACGACGACCCUGAAGCAAAGCACGAGUAGUUGAUUGAUGGUUGUAUUCUCUUGUCGCCCCUGCUGGGCCAUCGACCAAAAAUGAAUGAGUUUCCGUUCGGAUACAAAGUGUUGUUCUCAUACAUACAUACAUAUAACAACUUCGAUUAGCUUUCUCAUACAUACAUACAGCAACUUUGGUUAUCUUUCUACCAUCAUUUGUGUAGCAUCAUUUGUAUAGGUCACUGUACGUAUAUGAAU